AUGAAAACCAUUCCCCCAGUGGAAACGAACGAGCCCGUUGACCAAUUGCUUCGAAGUUGCAUUAUUGGCCCGGAAUUGACGAUAAAAGUCUGCUCCAUUGGCACUGUGAUAAAUCGUAUCGCUUACGCGGCCGACUACUGCCAGCUGGAGGGCACUUCCGGACGUCAAACACAACCGAUGCCCAUACGUUGGAUGGCAUGGGAGAGUGUUUUGCUGGGCAAAUUCACAUCGAAAUCAGAUGUUUGGUCUUUCGCCGUCACGCUUUGGGAAAUACUAACCUUUGCACGCGAACAACCCUAUGAACAUUUAACGGACGAGAAGGUGAUUGAGAAUAUCGGACAUAUCUAUGCGGAUGAUAAGUUGCAUGAACUAUUGCCCAUGCCACUCAACUGUCCGCGCGAAAUUUACGAUUUAAUGUGCGAAUGUUGGCAACGCAACGAGUCGAGUCGACCAAAUUUCCGUGAGAUUCAUCUAUUUUUACAACGGAAAAAUCUGGGUUUCAAACCCAGCAAUGCAAUGCAUUACUAAAGCUGGAUAAUGUAUAGAGAAAGAAGUUAAAAAAAAAAAACUAAAAUUAAAAUAAAUAUAACCAACGAUUUUUGAAAACAACAACUGCUAGUGAAUAUUUUGCGAAAGAGCGUAAUUCGAAAAACACAUAUAAAAUAUUAAGCAAAAAAGAAUUAUAAUAAUAAGUACGAUUAGCGCUAUUCAAAUGGCAGUGAAUACUUAGUAUUAGAAAGAAAAAAAAAAGAUUAUAAAUUAAAUUUAUG